UUGAAUGUGGUGCAGUGUCACCCCUCGUUGCUUGUAUACAAUCUGAGCCCCGGUUCGUGGAGACGCACUCUUCCGCAUCUGACCCUUCCGCUCCACCACCUCAUCUCGUCCUCCGCUCCGCUCCCUUCGAGGCGCCCCAGCUCCUUUCAUUCUCUCGGACUCGCCUGCUUCUACUUCUUCUUCUUCUUCUUCUCCUCCUCCCUCGACUCGACUCAAACAUAGCUCGAGUAUUCUUCCCGAACUUGAUCCUGCGCCGGCGCCUGCAUAGCGCUCUCUCGACUGGGCCGGCAUUCGUCUGCUCUGCCAGCACCUCAGCUGGGAACUCAGGUUUUCAGGCGCUCGAUUGCAAAAUCCUCCACGCGACUGCGCGGGACGUGAGCGUUCUCAAUCAAGGCCUGGGACUGUCUGUCUAUCUAUCUAUGUUAUUCCCUCCCUCCUCUCUAACCUCCUCGACGAAAAACUGCUGCUGCUGCUGCCGCCGCCGUGGCCUGGGGGGUGGGCUGCUGUAAAGACCGUCGAUCAACGUCCGGGGUUGGAUCUGACCAUCCUUUGGGUUUCAUGAGACCGGGCAUCUCAGCCUCUCUGUGCUAGUGACGGCAUACCUGAAGCUCGAUGUUAAACUCUGGCUCGAGCACUGGAGCUGGCGAUCUGAACUGAAACUGAACUGAACUGUUAGGGCCAGGGAGGAAUGGUCGGCUGUUGACGGCUCUGUAGCACAUCCAGGUUUCUGCGCAAUCUGACUGCUAGGAUAAGGAGGGUCCAGAGGACGGAGCUGUAAAAGGGCUGGUGGGGGUUUUGGAGCGACAAUAUGGAUCGAGGGAUCGAAUAUAUGGACCGAGUACAAAUGGAGCGACUCAUCGUAGAUGAGAGUGUGCUCUCGACGAUGAGCAUCCGACCUGGAGGUGCUCCCCCUGGCUGGUAUUGCGCAGUUUGCACGGCCGACAACGACAUGAUUCACGACACGUGUCCGUCUUGCUCUCACAGUCGUUCAUACACGGUUCAGCUGGCGAUGCUGAGCCAGCUCACGGAGAACACUCCCUUUGGGUCGCAAGGCGGUCGAGGGAUCACUGUUUCGCGUAUAUUGUACGGUGCCGUCACUGGAGCUGUGACCGGAGUGUUUGCCAUCGUGGGAGCACUGACAGGAGCAGUCACCGGUGCAUUUGCCGGCCGGUCAUCGGACAAUGGACUUCUUCGUGGCGCUGGGUUGGGUGCUCUCGCUGGAGCUGUUCUGUCUGUUGAAGUCUUGGAAGCCACUCGAGCUUAUUGGGCGUCUGAACGUUCGGCUGCGAGCGCGGCCUCAUCUUUGGCCGAGUUCCUCGAAGAUAUAUUGAGCGGUCGCUUUGUUCAAGAACAACUUGGCCCAGUUCUCCUGGCUGCUCAUCGCUGGCAGGGCAAUACGGGAGAGCUAUACGACGAACUCUCUGUGAUGAUCAAUUCAACCCACACUGCCACGAAGGGAGGGUCUAAAACAUCGUUGGAUCAAUUGCCCACUCAUGUUGUGGACCAUGACAACGGAAAGGAUAGCGGCGACGAAUAUAACUGUUGCGCAAUAUGUUUGCAGGAGCUUAUGCAAGGAGAAACCGCGAGAUCUCUGCCGCCGUGCCACCACACGUUCCACAUGAAUUGUGUUGAUAGAUGGCUUACGCAUCAUGGAUCUUGCCCUGUAUGUCGGCACGACAUCUGAAAACGUUCGACGGAGAACUUGAUUGAGUCGCUGAAUGACCCUUAUGAAAUAAUUGUGGUCGCCUGUAUAGAUACGAGGAUAGAUGUGUAGAUCGUAGGGUAGGUAGGUUGUAAUCGUUCAUGUAAAGUUACAUUUAAUUAUUCUUGUUUAGGCUUUUGCACCGAGGUUCAAAUUUCUUCGGAUAAGAGUAUAGCCUAAUGCAAAAUUAACAUCUUUUGAAGAUGAAAUACAAACUGUUUCACACAUCUCAAUGGGCGUUAACUGCAGUUGUAUAAAUCUUGCAAUAUUGUAAGUUUUCCGGACAAAAAUUGAACUCGGUACAGACGGAUUUGUGAGUGGGUCUGAGAAUUAUCUAUCAAUUCGAAUGAAAGGG